CACGCGGGGGUCGCUGCUUUGGGGAAUUUUCGUUGUUUUUUCCUUCCCCGGCCCAUCCUGAGCUCCGGCUCAGCUGCGGGGAGCGGGGUGGGGACCGGAGGGGGGACGUGGGGCCGCACCCCAAGGACAGACCCCGAACCCCCCAAUCCUGCCCCAGCCCCGAUUCCCGGCCGGGAUGAGCCGGGCACGGAGUGGGGAUGGGACAGGAGCCGGGGGGACUCGGGGUGACAGAGAUCCAGAGCCCCUGGGUGUCCCGGGAAUUGGGGGUGACACAGAUCCAGAGCCCCUGGGUGUCCCGGGAAUUGGGGGUGCCCCUCUAGAGCCCCUGGGUGUCCCAGGAAUUGGGGAUGGCAGAGAUCCAGAGCCCCUGGGUGUCCCGGGAAUUGGGGGUGACAGAAAUCCAGAGCCCCUGGGUAUCCUGGGAAUUGGGGUGACACAGAUCCAGAGCCCCUGGAUGUCCCGGUAUUUCGGGGUGCCCCUCUGGAGCCCCUGGGUGUCCCGGGAUUUCGGGGUGCCCCGCUGCUCUCCGUGGCAGGCGGAGGCGCUCCGGGAGGCGCUGGACGAGCUGGGGACGCGGGAGCCGCCGGCGCUGGAGAAGAGGCUGAGCUGGGUGCCGUGGUGCGGUCCCUGGCAGUCGUGCGCGGUGCGGCGCGGGGCGCGCAUCGGGAAACUCUGCAGCUGCCCCCGCGGCACCUCCUGCAACCUCUUCAUCCUCAAGUGCACCUGAGGGAGCGGGGACAGCGGGGGACAGCGGGGGACACCAGCUGCCACCCGGGCGGGGCAGGGAGGGGGAGCCGCCGGUCCCAGCCCCCUCCCCGCACCGGGAUGGAUCCGCACGGAACCGCCCGUGCCCCGGCCCGUGGGGCUGGUAGUGUCCAGGGACACAUUAAACCAU